GCGGUGACGACUGUGGCGGAGAAGGCCUGGAGGGGCUCUGCGUUCUGGAGUGGCGCUGCUUGGGCCCGUGGCAGGUUGCAGGCUGCUGGUGCUGGGGCUGAAGAGAACGGCGAGUGGGUUCGGCGUUGCCCGUCGGGGUCUCCGCAACGAUGAGUGCUGCCAGGGAGUCCCAUCCGCAUGGGGUGAAGCGUUCAGCCUCCCCAGACGACGAUCUUGGAUCUAGCAAUUGGGAAGCAGCAGACUUAGGUAAUGAGGAAAGAAAACAAAAGUUCUUGAGACUUAUGGGCGCAGGAAAGAAAGAACAUACUGGACGUCUUGUUAUAGGAGAUCACAAAUCAACAUCUCACUUCCGAACAGGGGAAGAAGACAAGAAAAUUAAUGAAGAACUGGAGUCUCAAUAUCAGCAAAGUAUGGACAGUAAAUUAUCAGGAAGAUAUCGACGACAUUGUGGACUUGGCUUCAGUGAGGUAGAAGAUCAUGAUGGAGAAGGUGAUGUGGCUGGAGAUGAUGAUGAUGAUGAUGAUUCACCUGAUCCUGAAAGUCCAGAUGACUCUGAAAGUGAUUCAGAGUCAGAGAAAGAAGAAUCUGCUGAAGAACUCCAAGCUACUGAGCACCCUGAUGAAGUGGAGGAUCCCAAAAACAAAAAAGAUGCAAAAAGCAACUAUAAAAUGAUGUUUGUUAAAUCCAGUGGUUCAUAACUCCCAAACACUUAGUCUUUGUAUUAAAAGUAAGCCUUAUUGUUAUAAUGCACAGUGGAGGACUGCUUAUAGAGCACAGACCUUUGUAUUAUAAUUUUUAAAAAGGCCCUUUUAAAUAAUUACAAAGAGUGUUUGCUUUCAGAUGCCAUGGAUUACACUUUUAUGGGCAUGACUAUUAACCAUUUUUGUAAAGAGUAAGAGUUGUAUAAAAUAAGAAAUAAAUACAAUACUCAAUUUCUUUUCAUAUUAGCAUCAUCAAACCUCUAAUCUCACCUUUUUACCCCUUCAGAUAGUUACGGGGGAGACACUUUUGUGGUAGCUGUUUCAUCUUUUUUGUUCCUUCAUAUUUUUCUCUUAUAAGAAGUUUAUCUGAUACUGUAAUGUGUUCAUGAAAAAUAUUCAGUUAUUACUUUGUUGUAGUAGAACUAUUCAUCAUGGAUAUUUCUGCUGCCAAUAACAGUCUAAAUUGUUUGCAAAAGAUUAGGUACUUAGUUUACUCUUCCUGAUUCAGCUCUACUCUUUUGGACCAAAGCAACAUGAGAGCAAAUACUUUCACACUGGUUAAGAUGGAGUUGCAACUAUCAUACAUUUUGGAAUGCUAUGAUCCCAAGCAGUCUUUAUAUAAUUUGAAUUACAUUGUAUGUUAGAUUUUUGAUAAAUUUGGCCAAUUUUUACAGAAGAAAUUAUUUCUCUGAUUAUUUGGUCCUGUUUAGGAAUAUGUAAAACUGGAUUUUUUUUUAUGGUAAUAUGUGACCAAAGUUAAUUUUCUUCCUAAGCCCUCAAUAAAGAAAAGCAGUUUCCCAUA